GCUGCAGAAGGCGUCGUGGCAAUACAACGUCACAACAAGAACCCGCGUGUCGCGCAUAUGACAUCGGUGGUAGACUUUGCUCUUUGGUUGGCUGCUUCAGAAGUCCCAGGACGCACAGGCAGGACGCCACUUGCAUACAUAAUGCGCUUGGGUAAGGUGCUGAUGUUUAAGAUCCUUCCUUUACCCGAAAUCUUAAGCGUUGCUUGCUGAUUGGAGUCUUCGACACCCCGGUAUCUUGGUGAUCAUGGAUUAGUAGGCACUGAACUUUCUCUGGAUAGCCUGCGCGGCAAUAGUAGGUGGGAGCCUUUCAUCCGCAGCUCACCUACUGUAUCGAUGGCUUAUCUAUACCAUCGAUUUAUCAUAUUCGACACUUGAUUGAGUCUGGCCUCCGGCAUUAGGUACACAUCGGAGCUUAGUCCGGGACCGAUGCUGACUUGCUGCCCGAAUCCGACCCCCUGUUGGCCAGCCUUCCGACGGGGGUGCCAUCAGCAGGCAUCAAAGUAGUAGUGGUGGGCAACAGGGCGCACAUGUCCCGACCAAUAUAAUAGGACUGACGAUGUUGGGACUGAUCAGCUGCUGUAACGAGAGACAAAUCACUUUGGUACGCAGUCACCGUUACAUGAACUGUUCCAACCAACAUGUUUGGAAGCUGGCGUGUCAACCCGAAUGGGGACCAUCCCACCACGUUCAGGAACAGCCCAGCCGGUCGGAAAGCAUGCAAGAAUUGCCGUGCAAGAAAGGUCAAAUGCACCGGUGAACUGUCGGGCUGCCAGAGAUGUGAGACAUUAGGCACAGAAUGCGCUUACACCACCGGUUCUAGCAAGAGGCGACGCAGCUCUCCUGAUGAGGCGGCCAAAAAGAAUGGCAAACCGGCGGCGGAGCAUCCGGGAUCAGAUGUGACACGGCCUGACGCCACGACCGGCCUUACCCAACAUCCGCCGUCGGACCCCAAUACCACCAUAUCUGACUUCGGGUUUGACGUCAGCACCGAGCCCGUCAAUUGCGAAAGCGACACAUUCGUAGCCGAUAUGGAGCAGUGGUCGCUAUUCCCGGCAUUUGGGCCGGACACGACGACUUCGGCAACAGGCAGGUCCGUCUUUUCACCUAUUUCAAACACAAGCCGUGCCAUCGACAUGUCUUUCUGGAACGACACAAGUCCACCAAAUCUGGGUGUCGAGACCCAAAAUAGUACCAUGACACAGCCAAGGAGAGCAACAACAGGCAGCACCAACACCAGCCAUAUCGGCACCACGGCUAGCAGCCCGCAAUUUCAGCAACAGGCAGAGCCAGAGAUGGAGAUGGAGAUGGAUAUAGAUAUACAGAUUCAAAGGGAUACACCGAGGGGGGCACUAGCAGUACGGCCAGUGCAGACAUACGGGAGAGGACAGCAGGCAUGCAACUGCCUGGAGCGCAUCGUCUUGCUCAUUAACGAGCUAGAAUCGAAUACGAACGACAUAUAUCUGGAAGACGACCAUGGCGACCACAAUGGAAAUAAUGGUGAAUACGAUGAUGAGGAAGAAGCGGACAAGGCCGACGGCAAUGGAUCGGCGCAGAAUAGACGAUCGCUCGACUCGGCGUUGGGGCUUCAUAAGGAGACAUUGCGCUACGGGGAGCUGAUGCGACAGUGCGAGCAUUGCUCGGCCCGAGUCGAGACCAGGAUGAUGUUACUGCUUCUAACUAACCGGCUGGUGGCACUCUGCGCCGACAUGGUGUCGACCUACUCUCGAAAGACUCCGGAGACGCUAUACGAGCUGACGAUGGCCAUAACAGUAGGCGAGUACGAGGUCGACUCGAACAUCGAGCGCGGAGCAGUACUGCGGGAGCUGAUCGGCUCCCAACUGCGAGCCCUUCACGAGUUCGCUACCUGUCUGUCAGACUAUCGCCAGCCGCAAGGUGCCAGCUUUAUAGCGGCCAAGAACAGGGUCAUGAACCUGCUGAAGCGCCUACAAGCGAGCAACGCCGCGUAGGUUGCUAUCCACAUAAUCAAUUUUUAGGAUGUGGUGUACAGGACACAAAAAUUGUAUAGCUGGCACCCAACGCCCCAAAUAACACUUCGGCGUUUGCUCAUAUGAAUAGUCCCUAUCUCGGGCAUCAAACCAACCUUAAGCAUUCGCUUAUUGGAAUGAAUGAAUAUGCUCUCCUAGAGACAUGGCUAGUAGGUCAAUCGUUCCACUUCGAGAUGAUAUUUUCCAGGGUUCCUUUCUGAUGACCGUACGUUGUCUACAUGACCGGGCCUAUUCAUAUGUAGAUAAACCGAACACAUGGACACGUCGAUAAGAAUAUAGAUUAGAAUUCGAUUAUCAUUUUUUGUGUAGGAUGUUGUGUUGAUUUCAAAAUGUCUGAGACCUGAUUUUUAGGGCGAAGAUCUUAAAUACCUUGCACAGUACUAGUCGCACCUU